UUCACUAGAGCCCGGGUAUGUCGGUGAACGGGAUCCAGGACGGUCCGGUGACCGUAUCGGACGCGCAUACCGCCGGGAGCGCGCAUAAGAAAACGCGGCGCUCAGGUGGCUUUCUGUCACUCCCGCGGUUCAUGCGUCUCACCUUCGCACCCGAAUCCCUUGAGAAAGUUUAUCAGACGUACUUUAUGCGCCAGCGGGAGGAGACGUUACUUGUUCUGGCCGUGUUUGCGGCUCUUUUUAACUCUUAUGUGAUUGUUAUGUGCGCUGUGGUUUACUCUCAGGAUAAACUUAACACUCUUGCCGUGGCCGCGGCUGGAUUGGCAUCGGAUAUUCUGCUCUAUAUUCUCUACCGGUUCCGUUUGCUGCCCGCGUCCGUGUCCCGGGGCCUCGUGCCGUACGCUCUGUGGCUGCUCAUCACGGUUCACGUGCUGUGUUACUACAGUUUGAAUUUCGGCGGCUUUUAUGCAGCCGGUGACACGGUCGGAUGGCAGACCUUCUUCAUAUUCUCAUUCUUCCUCACGCUCCCACUGCCGCUCGCGCACAUCGCGCUCCUGAGCGCGCUCUCGUGCGCCGCGCACACUCUUCUGCUGGGAUUCACUAUCACGGAAAGACAGAAAUACAAAACGGACAUAACAAUACUGAUCAGACAGCUUGUGGCUAAUCUGAUGCUGUUUUUUGCUGCCAUGCUGGUGGGUGUGACCGCAUAUUUUAUGUCUGACCGCAGAUACCGCAUUGCAUUUUUAGAGGCCAAACAAUCUCUGGAAGUCAAUCUGACUCUGAAGGAGCAAAGUCAUCAACAGGAAGACCUGCUGUUGUCAAUAUUGCCGAGGCACAUAGCCGAGGAAAUGCUUCAGGGGAUGAAAACAGGAGCCAAUGAGAAAUCUGAUGCCCAACAGUUCAACACCAUGUACAUGUACCGUCAUGAGAAUGUCAGUAUCCUCUUUGCAGAUAUAGUGGGUUUUACUCAGCUGUCGUCUGCCGUCACUCCCAGAGAACUCGUCAAACUACUAAAUGAGCUCUUCGCUCGCUUCGACAAACUAGCAGAACAACAUCAUCAGCUGAGGAUCAAGAUUCUGGGAGACUGCUAUUAUUGUAUCUGUGGUUUGCCAGAUUAUAGAGAAGACCAUGCAGCCUGCUCCAUUAUGAUGGGUCUGUCCAUGGUGGAUGCCAUCUUGUACGUGCGUGAGAAAACUAAGACGGGGGUAGACAUGCGUGUGGGCGUGCACACGGGCACCGUACUGGGCGGAGUCAUGGGACAGAAGCGCUGGCAGUUUGACGUCUGGUCCACUGAUGUUACCGUGGCAAACAAGAUGGAGUCGGGGGGCAUCCCAGGGCGUGUGCACAUCUCUCAAAGCACAAAGGACUGUUUGCACGAGGGACUGUUUGAGUUGGAACCUGGCGAGGGAGGAGACCGCUGCGAUUAUCUGAUGGAGAAAGGCAUUGACACCUACCUGGUGCUCGUGCCCAAAGAAAAAAAUAUAUCAAACGGAGUGAGCAACGGUGCGCUAAUCAACACCACAGAAACUACCGGCAGCAACACAUCAUUAAAGAAAACUCCUGAAGACACAGAAACACAGCAGUUUCAGCAGAGCAGCGAGACAGAUUUGGAGAUGUCAGAGGAACAGGAUCUGAGCCAUCUUCUCAGCGAAGCUCUACUGGAGAGAGAAAGAGAAGAGAUUUUGGAGGAGAAGAGGACCACUGUUUUGUCCCUGAUGUUCAUGGACCCUGACCUGGAGUCCCGUUACUCGGCAGAGAAAGAGAGCCGUACGGGGGUUGCGUUCAGCUGCUGUUGUGUCAUUCUGGUCUUCACUUCUGCAAUGGAAAUUCUCAUCGACCCACAGUUGAUUGUGAAUUACGUGACUCUGGCUGUGGGUGAGGUGUUACUUCUGAUUUUGACUUUGUGUUCGCUGGCCGCAAUCUUUCCUCGAGUGUUCUCGCGUAGGCUGGUGUCGUUCUCACAGUGGAUUGACCGAACGCGCUGGGCUCGUAACACUUGGGCAAUGGCAGCCAUAUUUGUUCUGACCAUGGCUGAGGUGGCUGAUAUGCUCAGCUGCGUUCAGCCUCCUCUUCUGCUGUUGAACUCCAGCUCUGGUGUGACGCUCGAGUCUCUGGGUGAUGGUGGGUGUGCAGAGAACCCCACACACUACGGCUACAUAUCCGUGCUGUCACUAAUAGCAUCCGUCAUGCUUGUGCAGCUCAGCCAUGUGGUCAAACUGGCACUGAUGAUGUUGGUUACCAUAGCAACAGGUGCCGUGAAUAUCCACAGCUGGAUGUACAUUUACGACAUCUACGAUUUCAUUCGCUACCUGGAGUACAGGUAUACAGUGGUUCCCACCCGAUAUCUGUUGACUGUGAUGAUUAUUAUCAUGAUGAUAAGUCUAUACUACUUUGCACGCCAUGUGGAAAGACAGUCUCGUAAACUGUUUCUAUGGAAGAUCGCAGUGCACGAUCAGAAGGAGAAGGUGUAUGAAAUGAGAACAUACAACGAAGCAUUGGUCACCAACAUGCUUCCAGAACACGUGGCCAAACACUUUCUGGGCUCCAAAAAACGAGAUGAGGAACUGUACAGUCAGUCAUAUGAUGAGGUUGGCGUCAUGUUCGCUUCUAUUCCAAACUUCUCCGACUUUUACACAGAGGAAAGUAUAAACAACGGAGGAUUAGAAUGUCUGAGAAUCCUUAAUGAGAUCAUCUCUGAUUUUGACAGUCUGUUGGAUCGAUCUGAGUUUCGCCACAUAACAAAAAUCAAGACCAUCGGUAGCACAUACAUGGCAGCGUCUGGUGUGACGCCGGAGAGCAAUUUCACUGGAUACGAGACACACAAAUUAGAGAAUCCGUCCAUCUUGGACCGAUGGCAACACUUUGCUGAUCUGGCAGACUUUGCAUUGGCUAUGAAAGUCACACUGAACAACCUGAACAAACAGUCGUUCAAUAGCUUCAUGCUGCGGAUUGGUCUGAAUAUGGGAGGUGUGUUAGCUGGAGUGAUCGGCGCUCGCAAGCCCCAUUUUGAUAUCUGGGGAAACACUGUAAAUGUGGCCAGUCGUAUGGAGUCCACGGGGGUUAUGGGCAACACACAGGUGGUGGAGGACUGCUAUAACAUCCUAAAGGAAUAUGGCUUCCGUUUUGUCAGACGAGGACCCAUUUAUGUUAAAGGAAAAGGAGAACUGCUCACAUAUUUCAUGAAGGGCAAAGACAAACCUGUCACAAAAACAGCCGGGGUCUCUCUGCCGCAUCAGAUACUACAAUCCUGAGAGGACACGAGAAGACAUUUCGUUUCAGGAUUUUCAAAAAAGCAUGACCAUGAUUUUAUGGAAAAGACAACAGAGAGAGGAAAGGAAAUUAUUGGAAAGAAAAAGGGGAAUCGUGACGCAGGCCAAAAUCUCCCAAAUAUGCCCAACAGCGCAACAUGCAGAGCAUUUACUACCUACUAAGCAUCUCUGAAACAUUUACACGUUGAAAUGCAAAUUCAGAAGCACCUGCAACUAAACAAUCACGUCAAAAUCGCAUUAAAACAUGUCUGUUGUGUUUCCCACAUUUUCUGAAUUUUUCUGAACAAAAACAUGAAACUGUGAGCUUUAUAUGGGCAAUCUAAAGCUAUCGCAAAGAAAAUGUUUUUCUAGAAUGUACAGUCACAGUGUGUGCUCACACACACUAGGCUAUGAAUUGUCAUUUUUAACAGUUAAAUAUUUUGAUAUUGGUUAUAUCAAGAGAAAUGACGGCAUUCACAAAUGAAAUGGCAUGUUUUAGAGGAAAUGAAGGUAAUAAACAGAGA